UACUUCCCAUUAGUUAUCGGCAAUAAAACGAUUUCUAGAGGGCGCCCCGUAAAGUGCUAAAACUAUAACCUCGUCGUAACGUUAUGACACGUACAUGCCUAGCCUGUACAUGGAAAUGUAUAUGUACAGUGUACUACAUAUACACUGUACUGUAUGCAUACACACCACGAGUUUCAUCACUUGACUUGUCAAACGUGCACUGGCCACAAUGGCCUUGACAAUCCCGUGACACGGCAUUACUUAGCAGCCUUGCAUUCAGUGCAAAAGUAAUCCAAGUUCCAGAGGCAGGGGUCAAGUGAGUGAGAGACUCCAUGGUCUGUUUUAUGACGUCACCAUUUUACGACAUAAUUCAGUUGUAUUCGUUUAAUUUAUUUCACUGUGUGUGCGUGUCGAAACCAGUCAACUUGCUCCUUGCACACAUCGGACUGCAGCUGGAUCCUGAUUCAACAGCACUGUGUUUGCGUCUUCUAGAUUUCCACCGCAGAGGUAGGUAGAUUUCAUCACUAACAGCCAUGGGUAACUGGUUCUCUCCGAUCCCUGAUGUCCCUUUGGAUUCUCCCGAAGGCAAGCUGGUGGAGCAAAUCCUCCAUGAUAAGAUUGUUGUGGUCUUCUCUAAGACGUAUUGUCCUUACUGCACAAUGGCAAAGAAUGCUCUGGAUGAACACAAUGCAAACUAUGAAACGGUAGAGCUGGACAAGAGAGAAGAUGGCAAACGCAUACAGAGUGUGCUGGGAAAGAUGACAGGGGCAAUGACUGUUCCACAGGUGUUCAUCAAGGGUAAGUUUAUUGGCGGAGGUACAGAGGUCAAGCAACUGAACGAUGAAGGGAAACUGGAGGAAAUGCUGCGAGAAGCUGGGGCCAUUUAAGAAGUUGAACCCAGAUAUAGUGUGAAGUUGGAAUUGUAAUGAUAGUGAUUGAAAAGCUAACGGUUCAGCUGUGGAGUCAAACUCAACAAUGGUCUUCCUAAACUUACAUUACCCAAAACAUCAUGUUGUAUCUGAUGUUGUAUUACUUAAUUUUUAAAAAUUAAUGUUAAUGUUUAUGUCUAGGGAGGAAUACAGAAAUUGAUGUUACUAUGUGCAAAACAAUGUUCCAACACGUACAGGAAUUUUAUUCAGAACUUCAGAUAUGAAUAUUCAUGAAUUUGUAACCUGACAUACAACCAAGCAUCCUACGUUUACAUUGAUGUGUUUUCCAAAUGUCUCAGGGAGGAGAUCCCAGCCUGCAAAUUGCAUGCAAACAAAGGAAAUUAUUUAGCCAUGAGCCUAUACCAAAGCACAUACAGUGUACAAUGGAUCAGUCUCUGCUGAUUGCAUAAUGUGGGCAUCCAUUAUAACCCUCACCCUGGAAAUAGUUGUGUGUAUUGAACUGGUACUUUCAUUUCAAACAAGUUCAGUGCAUGUACAUGAAUAUGAAGUUCAUAAACAACUUGGUUGAAGCUGUUUGCCUGUAGGUUCCAGAUUUGAUUCACUUAUUAGGGUUUCAUUGUUAUUUUGAGUAUACAAAAAUUUACAACUCUGUCAUUAUCUCUCAAUUUCACUUUCAAAAGCAAUUUCAAAAGCUUGCAUCCUUUUUUUUGUUGAAUAAAACAUACUCCCUUUUCAACAUAGUCAUUUGGGAAACAUACAUGUACAUGUACACAUUGGACAGACAUUCACAGGACUGUGUGACAGGUAUAUGUGUAACACAAUGGAGAUGUGACAGGUUUGUACUUUAUAUGCGGCUUAUGGACCCUUUUUUACUGACAGAAAAUUGUAGCUUUCUUGACAUUAUACUUAAGUACAAGUAACUGUUGUCUGUAAUGUAAUUAAUAUGAACUAUGUGGUCAGUAUCCAAAAUGUUAUACAUACUGCAUUUUAAUAGUAGUUCCCCUUUGCAAGAACAAAGUUCUUACUUUUGCCACUCAUGUCGCAAUGAAUAGUCAUUUUUAAAGGGUAGCUGCAAUCAAUGGUUUUUAUUGCAAACCUGUAAAUGCCCCUUUGUGCAUCAGUAAACCCUUUUUUCAACUUUGGUUUCACUGUUUCAAAAGGUAUUUUCAUGCCUUUGUUUUUUGUGCUGAUAAGUAUUUCCA